AUGCCCUCCAAACCGACGACGGCGGCGGCGGAUACCGCACCCUCCUCGAUCCUCAUCAUCGGCUCCGGCGUCUUCGGCCUCACAACAGCGUACGAGCUCGCGCAGCGCCCGCGCUACGCAUCCACGACCAUCACCGUCCUCGAUCGCUCUCCCAUCCCCGGUCCCAGCGAGGACGCCGCCUCCGUCGACUCCUCCCGCAUCAUCCGCGCGGACUACGCCGACCCGGCCUACGCCCGCCUCGCCGCCGAGGCCCAGACCGAAUGGCGCAAGACCGAGAACCCUUCUGACCUCGGCGCCGAGGGCCGCUACAGCCAGUCUGGCCUCUGCCUUGUCGCGGACCCGACCCCGACGGCCGCCUCUUCCUACUCACCGGCCCCCUCGCCCUCCUCGCAAACCGUAAACACUAACGCCCAGGCCAAGCAAAAAGCCAAGAAGACCUCCCUCGAAUAUGUCCGCGAGAGCUACAACAACGUCGUCUCCCUGGCGGGCAAGGACGGCGACAAGAUCAUCAAGGAGCUGCCUACCCCCACCGCCAUCAAGGACUUCCUCGGCACGCCCAUCGCGCCGGGGACAUGGGGCUACAUCAACCCCCUCGCGGGCUGGGCCGACGCCGGCGCCGCAAUGUCUUACCUCGCCGCCAAGGUCCAGGCCCUCAACCGCGUCAACUUUGUGUCCGGCACCGCGACCCGCCUGAACUACGGCCCCGACGGGAUAACAGUCACCGGCGCGACGCUCGACAACGGCAGAGUCCUCUCGGCGGACCUCGUCAUCGUCGCUGCCGGUGCCUGGACGGGCCAGCUCGUCGACCUCUCCGGGCAGGCCAUCGCCACGGGCCAGGCGGUGGGCUACAUCGACAUCACCCCGUCGGAGCUCGAGGUCCUCCGCAAGAUGCCAGUGACCCUCAACUUCAGCACCGGCCUCUUCAUGAUUCCCCCGGCGGGCCUCCAGCUCAAGGUCGCCCGCCACGCCUUCGGCUACCUGAACCCGACACCAAUCCCCCACCCGUCACCCUCGAGCCCGCCCUCUGCCCGGUCCACCGUCUCCCUCCCCGCGACGCACCUCACAGACCCGAAGCUCAAGUUCCCCAAGGAGGGCGAGGCCGCCCUGCGCCAAGCUGUCCGCACCAUCGUGCCCAUCCCCGCUAUCCACGACCGCCCCUUCGUCCACACCCGCCUGUGCUGGUAUACAGACACCCAAUCUGGUGACUUCCUUGUAUGCCACCAUCCCGAAGCCAAGAACCUCUUCGUCGCGACGGGCGGCAGCGGCCACGGCUUCAAGUUCCUGCCCGUGCUGGGACGCGAGAUCGUCAACGUGCUCGAGGGGCGCGGCGAUGAGGUGUUCACCGAGAAAUGGCGGUGGAGGGAGGUCAAGAGCAAGGCGGACGUGACUGAUUUGUAUGAGCACAUCAUGACCGAGGACGGCAGCAGAGGUGGCAUCCCUGGUCUUUUGCUGAAGCAAGAGCAAGCUAAGUUGUAG